AAACAUUAGAUAUCCAAAAAUAUAUUGAUCACUCCUACUUUGGGAACAUAUUGCCUCAUAAUAAAGAGGCAAAACAAAUGUUGAAAUUGGCAAAUAUGAGACUCAGGUGGCCUUCGGUUACGAAUGUGAAUGAGGUAGAUGAGCUUAUCCAAACGAUUGACAAAUCAACCACUAGUAAUAAUACGGCAUCCGAAGAACCUCAAGAAUAUGUACGUCUUACCGCAGCUCUUUCCGCCAUCUCAGAUUACAGAAGUGCCAUGAUAGAUCUUUCAAAUCCUUUUACAACGUUACAAUGGAACGUCCUAGUUACUGAUUUCUUAGGGAAAGCUCAAGAUUUGUUGAGACUACCGUUUAACCCAAUGGUUUCCGGAAUUUCACCAUUUGCGGUCACUGUCGGACAAAUAAUUCCUUUGGAUUUUAAUGUUACUUUCCUUGAAAACCUUUAUCGUCAAGCGGCUGGUCAGAAUAAAUCAUUCGAAAAAUGCGCGCAUAUUGCAUCAUUCCUGUGGAAAUUCGGUUUUAAGGAAUAUGUGACCCAUAAGAUUCCUAUGAAGCGGGUUAUCAACGGUGCAUACAUCUGCUAUGUAGAUCCUCUGAAUAAGACGUAUUAUUAUACCACCUUAGUUCUUGACCCAUUUCGCUUUAAGGUGUUAAAGAAUCUCCUUAUUUAUGAAAUAGUCUCCGGAAAAGCAGCCUACAUCCACAGUGCAUUGUAUUUUUACAUGAGUAUGUGCACAUGUGAAGAGGAUUUCAAUUUAAUGAAUGAAUACGGUGUUAUUGAGUGGGACUUUCCGAUGGAAGGAUAUGCCGAGUUUUGCGAAAAGAUGAAAGAAUUAUUGGAUAUAAU